GGGGGCGGAGUGGUUGGGGCCGGCGGCGGCCGCGGCGGGGUCAGUUCUCUUUAGUGUUUGCCGAUGUUGGAAGCGUCUCCAAAGUGUUCCCGGGAACCAGUGAUAGACAAUGGCACAAGUUAAAAUUCAGACCGCAGCAAACCUCUCUGGACCUACCCUUCCCCCUCCGGUGCUACCCCCAUCAGUAACAAAUGCAAGUUCACUGGGUCUGCAGACCUCAAUGAAUGGAUCCAUUUCAGAAUCAGCUGCCAGCUGUAACAGUCCAACAGCUGGUCUUGUGGAUUCUGCACCUUCUAGCAACUCACCAGCUCCUCUCCAAGAUAACAUGGCAAACCCCAAAGAGAAAACUCCAAUGUGUCUGGUAAAUGAGUUAGCCCGUUUCAAUAGAGUUCAACCCCUGUAUAAGCUUCUGAAUGAAAGAGGGCCUGCUCAUGCCAAGAUGUUCACAGUGCAGCUGAAUCUUGGUGAGCAGACAUGGGAAGCGGAAGGGAGCAGUAUUAAAAAGGCUCAACAUGCUGCUGCUAGCAAAGCUUUGAACAAAACGAACCUUCCCAAACCAACUCCCAGACCACCCAAAAAUAACAUUAAUAAUAACCCAGGCAGUAUAACUCCAACAGUGGAGCUGAAUGGUCUGGCUAUGAAAAGGGGAGAGCCUGCCAUCUACAGGCCACUAGAUCCAAAGCCAAUCCCAAACUAUAGAGCAAAUUAUAACUUCCGGGGCAUGUACAAUCAGAGGUAUCACUGCCCAGUGCCUAAGAUUUUUUAUGUCCAAUUGACUGUUGGUAACAGUGAGUUUUUUGGUGAAGGAAAGACUCGUCAAGCUGCUAGACACAAUGCUGCAAUGAAGGCUCUUCAAGCUCUCCAGAAUGAACCUAUCCCAGAAAAAUUACCUCAGAAUGGAGAGGCAGGAAAGGAAACAGAAGAAGAAAAAGAUGCAAACAAAUCUGAGAUCAGCAUAGUGUUUGAAAUUGCCUUGAAGCGCAACAUGCCUGUCAGUUUUGAGGUGAUUAAAGAAAGUGGCCCUCCACACAUGAAGAGCUUUGUUACUCGAGUUUCAGUAGGAGAGUUCUCUGCAGAAGGAGAAGGAAACAGUAAGAAACUCUCAAAGAAACGCGCCGCAAUGGCUGUCUUACAAGAACUCAAAAAACUUCCACCUCUUCCUGUGAUCGAAAAGCCAAAACUUUACUUUAAAAAACGCCCAAAAACAAUAUUAAAGACUGGACCAGAAUAUGGUCAAGGAAUGAACCCCAUUAGCCGCUUGGCUCAAAUCCAACAGGCCAAAAAGGAGAAGGAGCCAGAGUAUAUUCUUCUUUCAGAGAGAGGGAUGCCUCGUCGCCGAGAGUUUGUUAUGCAGGUCAAAAUAGGCAGUGAAGUUACUACUGGAACAGGCCCCAACAAGAAAAUAGCUAAAAGAAAUGCAGCAGAAGCGAUGUUGCUACAGCUUGGUUAUAAAGCCUCCACCCCUCUACAAGAUCAGCCAGAAAAGCCAGGGGAAAACAAAGGUUGGAAUGGCCAAAAUGUUGGGUUUCCUGAGCCAACGAGUAACACACCAAAGGGAAUUCUCCAUCUCUCACCUGAUGUUUAUCAAGAGAUGGAAGCAAGCCGCAACAAAGCAGCCCCUGGCACUACUGGAAGCUAUUUGUCAUCCAAAGAAAUGAGCCAGACUUCUAGCUCUUUCUUCAGCAUAUCUGCUACUACUAAUAGUACAGCUACAAUUGCCAGGGAACUCCUCAUGAAUGGAACAUCCCCGACUGCUGAAGCCAUAGGUCUAAAAGGAAUAUCUCCUGCUUCCCCCUGUUCUGCAGUGCAGCCUUCAAAACAGCUGGAGUAUUUGGCAAGGAUUCAAGGCUUUCAGGUACACUACAGUGAUAGACAAAAUGGCAAAGAGUGUAUGACCUGUUUGACACUGUCUCCUGUGCAGAUGACUUUCCAUGGUAUCGGAAGCUCCAUUGAAGCCAGCCAUGACCAGGCAGCUUUAAGUGCCUUGAAACAGUUUUCGGAACAAGAACUGGAUCCAGUGGAAGGGGCUAUGAAGGUUGAAAAUGGAACACUUGAAAAACAAGUCAAGCAUCUGGGAGAGAAAGCAGACAAUAAACAGACUAACUCAGGCACCAUUGCUCAGGACUGCAAGGAUUCAAAGGCUGUCGUCUAGGAGCUUCCCAGCACCCACGGCCGCCACUGCAUCCUUAUAAACCUGUCAACACGCAAUAGGGUGUAUGUGUACAAGGAAAUGAAUGACUAAUACCAUUAUUUGAGUCUUAUGUGAAGACAACACUAUUCUAACACAAGAGAUAGUAUACAUGGUACUGUUUAUUCAACUGGGGGAAAAUAAAAUUGAGCAUUUCCCUUUGAGCUUGAGAUCAGAUCAUAACUCAAUUGCCCAGAGGCAGCAGAAAUCUGAUCAUGUUACUGGAACUUAAAAUAACAAUUAAUUAACAAAGUGUUAUGAAAAAAGGUAAAGUUUAAAAUUUAUUAAUAAGAGUCAGCAUUGAUUCAGUUACACAAUUUUUUCGUAGUGUAGUUUAAGUUCAGCUUUACUCUUUUUUAAAAUAAAUGCUUGAAUAUUUUAAAAUUAACCAAUGACAGUGCUGUGAGAAUUGUAGUUGUUGUCUUCAUAUAUAGUCAUACAGCUUAUCUUUUUAUGCAGACAUUAUGCAUUCUUCAUUCUAUAUCAAUAUGUAUGACUUUAAGAUGCACUACUCAGAGUUGUAUGCAAACAGAAGUUUAAAUCAUGAAAAGUCUUUGCUUAAAUAUGAACUGAUGUUAGUAAUGAUCAGUCGCAAUAUACUCCAGGAAAAGCAGUUACCGUAUUUGAUUUCCCUCCCCAUUAUCAAUUGGAAAGGCGUCUUGCCUCCAAGGAACAUUUCCCCCUUAAUUCUGCUCUCUGUUGUGUGAAACACAUCUACACCCCAUUCUGUGUGUUGUAUCAACCCACCGUUUGCAUCAACUGAGUGUUUUUAAUAACUGCAUUCUGAUCAGGAACAGCAGAUAGGAUGGAAGUGUUAUCGAGAAAAGGGAAGAAAACUGUUGAAACAGAUGUAAAGAAGGAAUGGUAUUAGAGAUGAAACUGGCAGCUGCACUCGGUACCAGAAUGUUCAGCUAUGUGGGCAAAUGCAGUAAAACCACAUCAGUUCAUGUGUACAAUGGUGGUGUCAUCUCUUCUUUAUCUUUAAAAAUAUUCACCUAGCAGAACUACUUGAAAAGUCACAAAAAUUUACAAUAAACAACUAGAACCUAUGCCAAGAACUGGACUAGACCAUAAUCUUCCACCACGGGGCUGCCUCCUAUGAAACUAUGGUUCUGUUUAUACGUAACAAGCUCAUUUUAGACUCAAGGAUAUAAUUUUUUAAGAGCUUUCCAUUUUUAAAUCUUAUGCAACAAAAACAUGACGCAGCUGUCAACUGCACAACAAUUGAAUUACAAUUACGUAAGAUUUCACAAGCACAUAACCCACAAAUCACAACCUGGAUGACUCACCUGACCAGAAAACACACAAAUAACAAUACAGGGAAACAGUGCAAGUUGCACAUGUAACUGGGCCCCAUCUGUGAAAGUCCUUUGAUGCUCUAUAGAGAUCCCUCCGCAAGGUAAUAAGUAUCAUAACACACACAAACCUCUAGUUGCUGCUGAAAAGUUAUAUCCACAAAGUAGUGGCUUUACAUCUGAUCCUCUGCAGAGUGCAGAGUAAGGACCUUCAUGCUCAGAGUUCUCAACUUCUGGGGGCUCCCCCCCAGUUCCAAGUAUGGGCAGUGCCUGUCUGACUCCCAGAGCUGGGGAGGUUGAGUACCCAGGCUCUUUGGUAUCUAGGCCGUCUUUUGUCAUCUUCACACACAACCGUCUCUGAGGUCAGUCAACAAACCAAAACUUUCACAUUUGUCAUUUCAUCCUGCUUAGGGUAAAAAAAAAAUUUCCCCCAAAAACCAAUGUUUUCUCAGAAAUGGAUUCCCCUUUUGUGAGCCACCUCUAAUGCUGAGCACCUCAGCUCCUGUGAAAGUGUGUAACUUCCAGGAGGCAUUUGGCAGGAUCAGGGUUCUUAAAAUGGUAGAGAAAUAUUGAACUGUGACCGGUGUUUUGCUCAAGGGGCACAUUGUCUCCAUUGGCUAUGGACGUGGGCGGUUCUUCUGCACCCUUCAGCCUAGCAGCCUGCUAACCUAGGACAGGCUUAGAUCAGUGGUUCUCAGCCAGGGGUAUGCUUAUCCCUGGGGGUACACAGAGGUCUUCCAGGGGGUACAUCAACUCAUCUAGAUAUUUACCUAGUUUUACAACAGGCUACAUAAAAAGCACAACCGAAGUCAGUACAAACUAAAAUUUCAUACAAUGACUUGUUUAUACUGCUCUAUAUACACUACACACUGAAAUGUAAGUAUAAUAUUUAUAUUCCAGUUGAUUUAUUUUAUAAUUAUAUGGUAAAAUGAGAAAGUCAGCAAUUUUUCAGUAACAGUGUGCUGUGACACUUCUGUAUUUUUAUGUCUGAUUUUGUAAGCAAGUAGUUUUUAACUGAGGUGAAACCUGGGGGUAUGCAAGGCAAGUCAGACUCCUGAAAGGGGUACAGUAGUCUGGAAAGGUUGAGGGCCACUGGCUUAGAUUACUGUUGACAGUGUUUCCAAAUAUGCCGUACAUAUUACAGGCCCUAUUAACCCCUACCUUAGAGAAACCCACAAACGAGAGAGAGAGAAACCUAUUUAAAAACACUUUGCAUGGUGAACUGCAUGUUUUUAGGGCAAUAUUCCUCCUGCUGACACUGGGGAGGGGCUUGCAGCUGCCAUUUGGAGGGAUGGAGUGGCAUAGCCCUUGGAUUGUGCAGUUGUUCAGAGGUCUCCAGGGAAAUCGACAGAUCUGGGCACAUCCAAGAGCAGAGCUAGCACCACCACACUGAGUCCCACCCUACCCCUUGACAGCGGUGCUCAUUCACUUCCAGGGGUUGGCUCCAUGAGGAGGAGAAACUGAUGUUACUCAGAGCAAUGUCAUCUCCUGAUGAGAAAUGUGCCAGAAUAGGAGAUCUGUCCCAGGUGAUAAUAUCACCUACCUCAGUCACUUCCCAGCUUUGCCAUCUCUAGUCCAACAUAGUCGCCAAAGGGUUUCUCAAUGUAUUUUGUGCUGUUCGGUUGGAAGCUCAGGUGGAUGAAGGAACCAAUGCCAGAAUGACUUUGCUCUUCUACUUCUACUACCUUUGGAAACUAUCAGGCUGAAAUUUUGCUUUUUUUUCAUGCUCUUCAUGUUAUACAGCAGCAUGAAUAGCACAAGUGUAAAUUACAACAGUAGAUUCAAAGGUAAGUUAUUCAUAUGCAAGCAAUGCCAUUGACUUUUGUGGCGUUGCCUGGGUGUAACCAAGGAGAUUGCUUGGGCAUGAUCCACUUCUUCUUGUUCAACGCUUAUCCAGACAGUCGGCUGUAGCAAUCGUUCGCCAUUUGGUCCAUUUCUGUGCAACCGCAAAGGCUUGAUGGCCUGAGAGUCCAACUACUCUUUACUUUAACAGCUGUAUUAUAAACAUGUAUUAUAUGAAUGGCAGAUAGCCCCUCCACUAAAACUCAGUAACAAAUCAAAAUUUUGCUCCUGGAGUUACUCAGAAACAAACACAACUACACAGUCCAUAUCUGAAGUAUCGGUGUCCUCCAAGCUUAUGUUGUCCUCUUCUCUGUGUUGAAUUCCAGGUGUCUCCCCCGAACUCCUUAUGCAGUGUAUCCAGGCUUUGCCCCAGAAAAAAGGGAGUUGAUCAUUUCAUUUCUGUGGCAGACUCCAGAAAAUGCCUUCCACUUCACAAAUAAAACCCCUGAGUAGUCCAGCUAGAACGUUCCGGUUGAUUCUCAUGAGACUUGCAAUGUAAGUGCCAGUUCCUGGGCACCGCGUCCUUUGGAAAUGUUACUGCACUAACUUGUAAUGCAACCUUCCAAGUGCAAUGUAAUUUUAGUAUUUGUGAAACCUGUAAUAACAAUAGGCCUGCUUCUACCUAG